UCAUCCUCCCCCCCCCCCCUUUUUUUAUUUUUUUAUUUUUGGUUUGUUGAGUAAACAUUGCGUCUGGCAAGGCAAUCUUGUUAGACUCAGGGUGUCAGUCACGUUUCCAAAGUGGACUGCUCCGCCGGCUCUCGUGGCCGAGUCUCGCUCUCCGGCAACUCCUAAUCGAAAACCUUAUCUUGGCUUAUUCGGUGGUGGAUCAACGCCGAAGGGUUUAAGUCAAUCGAUCAAAAAAGAAGGGAAAAAUGAAGGAACACGAGAAGUUAGCGUUGGUACUAUGCUUCAUAUGGACAGGAACCAUCCUUUACAGCGAGAUGUUCUCAUUUUUAAUGCCGUUUCUCUUCUCUUGCUCUUGGCCUCACCUUUCCUCAUCCUUUACUUCCAAUGCAUCGAUGAAUGGACAAGGAUAUGUUGGUGACUAUGUGAAAGUUGCUGUUGUCGCCGAUCCUCAGAUCAUGGAUAAAACGUCCCUUCACCUGCCACCUAAAUCACUUGCUUUUGAGAUUGUACAAUUCUAUACAGAUUUGUAUAUGCAAAGAGCCUUUUUUUCAUCCAUCCUGCCUUUCAAACCAGAUGUGAUUUUGUUUUUGGGUGAUUAUUUUGAUGGAGGCCCUUAUUUAUCCGAUGAAGAAUGGCAGGAAUCGUUAAGCCGUCUUAAGCAUAUGUUUGGACUAAACACAGAAGAAAUAUAUUCCGCUAUUAAAGUUUACCACCUUCCUGGAAACCAUGAUAUUGGUUAUGCAAGUCUCCAAUCUCAUAAUCCAGAGGUGGUCAGACGGUAUGAAAAAGAAUUUGGGAGUAGAAACUACCGAUUCACUGUUGGAAAAGUGGAGUUUGUUGCUGUUGAUGCUCAAACUCUAGAUGCAAAUCGACAGGGAAGUGUUGCUUCAGCAUCUUGGGAUCUUGUUAGCAAUUUGUCCUCAGAUCAUCAAUUACAUCCAAGGGUUUUGUUGACUCAUAUUCCUUUAUAUCGGCGGGAUUGGACUGAUUGUGGACCUCAUCGUAGCUCUCCAAUUAUCAAUCAGCGGGUACUGCAUGAUAUUCAUAAUCAGGAAAUAAGGUACCAAAACUACGUCAGUGAGGAAUCAUCAAACCAGUUGCUGAACUUAAUCAAACCGCUAUUUGUUUUGUCUGGUCAUGAUCAUGAUCAGUGUACAGUGACUCAUGAGUCGAAGAGUGGACCUGUAACAGAGCACACUUUAGGGACUAUAAGUUGGCAGCAAGGAAACCUAUAUCCAUCUUUCAUGCUAUUAUCUGCUUGUAAUUCUUCAUUUCCAGACACAUCGUGGCCAGAAGAAGCUGUACUAACUCAUCUAUGCUUUCUUCCAAUGCAAACACACAUUUACAUAUGGUAUCUAAUAUUAUUUGUUCUGACCAUUCUUGCUCUCCUUUUGUGGCCAACAAGUGGUUUGAGCUUUUGUCAUCGCUUUGGUGACAUGAUGGAAUGUGUUAGAAAGUCAGUAAGUUUCAACAUCUUUAGAGGUGGGGCAAAAGAGAAAAAUGAAGACGAGAAUUGUGAGUAUGAGAUGAUUUGGAGUGCAGAUGGAUCAAUGCAUCUUGUUAAAAAAGUUUCAAUCAAACCUGUCACACAUACAAGUGAUAGAGGCUCUGUAGAGAGGGGCAAAGCUGUGAUGAGGCCAACUGCUAAAAAAAAUGUUAAUCAGGAGACAGAGGUCUGUUUGAGUGUGGACACAAAUACAGAUGCUGAGCUUGAUCCAAGAAGAUUACCAACUAGAGCAAUCAAAUCAAAUGCAAAGAUCAUAAUACAGAGAUUGGUUCGCACAUUCCGAAUGCUUACUCUCAUUGCUGCAGUGAAUGUUCCUCUCUACAUGAUGUUGUUGUUCAAGGAUUGGAUUGACAAAUGAUGUCUUUCCAACAUCACCAACUUCUGCCUAACUGAGUUCCACAUUUUACGCUAGGCAUAUCACGCCAGAAGUAGCUUUCUGUUGAAGUUCAAGUAGGUAAAUCAUAUUAUAGACAUCUGAGAAUCUUUUGUAUUUCUCUAACAACCUAGCUAGUAGACAAAAGCAUUCCUCUUUUUUGCGUGAUGAGGUAAACAAUAUACCGCUUGAGAAUGUGAAGAAGUUAAUUUCUGAAUGUCUUAAUUUCAUUAGAUGUUUCAGAAACAAAGGUAGCUUGACCAUCUUCUAUCUUUUGGGUUGACGUUUUAUGUUUUUGGCCCAAUUAAUAAGGAAAGCUUCCGUUGUUUAUCAUUGAUAUUUCUACCGACAGAUUUUUGUGAUUCAUUUAACUUGUAGAAAAUUUAUGAAAUCAUUGUACCAUCUGUCUUUAGUUAAGAUUUUCUAGGUGUUAUUGUUAUUUCCGAAAGUAUUAAUCGGAUAUAGCCGCAAAUCUGAUAAUACAUUAAUUUCCAAUGUAUAUAAUCAUUUUUGUUGAUCAUUAAUCCUAUGCAAAAUUUGAGCUUACGCUGAGAACAUAAU